AUGGAGGAGAACCAGUCAUUUAGGAGCUCCAAGAUGAGUCGACUACCUGCGCCUACGUCGAUGUCAAUGUCAACACACGGAGGUCUCACAGAAUGGAACGAUUCGCAGCACAACGCCCGCAUUCAAUCGACGGUAAACUCAUUGUCGGCUCUCAAGAACCUCAAGCGCGAGAUCCCUCAGCCAGGUAAAUCAGUCGAGACGUGUACGACGGCUCUUUCUGACUUUGACAAAGCAUCGCAAUCCGAUCCCAAGCGCAAACCUCUAUCCGAUCGCGCCCUUGAAUAUCCUUCAAAACAAUCACUUGCUACUGGUACCACAACAUCGACGUUUAGAUCCAAUAUGAGGCCUCAAAGCCUGGCCGGCAUGUCUUCGGGGCUCAAGCAACCAUCAGUAGCCCAGCCACGUUACGGCGCAACCUCAGCAGCCGGCUUCAACAAGGGCAUGCAGACUACUCGACAAGCCCCAUCGACAACAGCUUCGCGAAUCAAUGGGCGCGCUGUCAACGGCCAUGCGCGAUCAAAGAGUCAAGCACCUCGACCACGUACGGUACAUGGCGUCCGCGCAGAAGAACAGCUCGAAUCUCCGACCGGCAAUGCAUGGGACGUUGACGGCCGAGUCGUCGAUAUGGAGUCUCAGUUCAAAGAACUUAAGGAGAUGGUCAACACUACUCUCAGCGAACGAAAAGGACAUGACGAUGCUCUGGAGCUUGCUAAAAAGCGAGUAAAAGAAUUAGAAGGCGACAGGGAGAAGCUUGACAUGAGAAACGAUGCACUAAAGUCUGAUCUCGACUCGGCAAGAGAGGAGGGACGCCAAAUUCGGCACGAAAUGGAGAAGAAUAAGUGGGAAUAUCAACGACAAGUGGACGACUUGGAACGAAAGCAUCGAGAAAAGAUGGACGACAUGUCAAGGCAGCAUCGAACAGCAGUCGACGAUCUUCGAAGGGAACUGGACCGAUUAAAGGAACAAGAGACAAAAGAUCACGAGCAACGAAUCGAGAGUCUCACCAGGAUGUACCAUCAAGAAUUGGCAGAGGAGCGACAGAAGAAGGACCGCGAAAUCCACGAACUACGAACUAGAAUGGGCAGUGAGCACCAGGAUAUGGGAAUGGCGAUGCAAAAGAAGGAUCGAGAACUCCAAGAGAUCAACUCCCAAGCGGAAGGUCUUCGAGGAGACCUCGAGCGAGAACGCGCAUUGAAGAACAGCCUCCAGACCAAUAUCGCUGAGCUAUCAGCGGCCAACACAACACUCGAGGCCAAGAUCAAUUCGCUGAAAUCCCAUGUCGAGUUUCUCGAAUCUGACAGCAAGGCUCAAUCUGACUCCUUCUCCAGUAUGGAGGCACGUCUACAAGAAGCCCUUCGAGUGGCCGAAGAAGCUCAAGAUAAGCUCAUUAAGGAGGAGACAGAGCGCCGAGUACUUUUCAACAAGUACCAAGAGCUCAAGGGCAAUAUUCGAGUCAUGUGUCGAGUACGACCCGCGCUUGGUAACGGUGAGGGUGAAGAGGCAAAGAUGUCGUUCCCUGAUGACAAGACCUCUGCUGAAAUCGUUCUGGCUGGCCCUGAGGAGAAGAGCAGCUUGGGACAGAUCACAAGGAAGAACUACCCCUUUGAGUUUGAUCGUGUUUUUGUGCCGGGUACGCAGAACCAGGAAAUUUUUGGUGAGAUCUCUCAACUGGUUCAAAGCGCUCUCGAUGGAUAUAACGUGUGUAUCUUCUGUUACGGCCAAACCGGAUCCGGAAAGACACAUACCAUGUCAUCAGAUGACGGUAUGAUCCCGCGUGCCACGCAUAUGAUCUACGACACCAUCACCAAGCUCAAGGAGAAGUCUUGGGAGUACACGAUGGAGGGCUCUUUUGUUGAAGUGUACAAUGAGGAGCUCAACGAUCUAUUGACACCCAACGACCGAUCUUCUGCGAGAAAGUUGGAGAUUCGACACGACGACAUCCGCAAGCAGACGAGCAUCACAAACUGCAAGUCGGUACGCCUUGAUAGCCCGACAAGUGUAGAAAUGAUGCUCGAAGAAGCGCAGAACAACCGAUCAGUCGCUGCUACCAAGGCCAACGAGCGGUCGUCACGAUCUCACAGUAUCUUUAUUCUCAAGUUAAUCGGAGAAAACGCAGCUACUGGAGAGCGAUGCGAGGGCACACUCAACCUGGUCGACUUGGCAGGUUCUGAGCGUCUCAAGCAUUCGCAGGCUGAGGGCGACCGAAUGAAGGAGACACAAAACAUCAACAAGAGCUUAAGCUGUCUGGGCGACGUCAUUGAGGCUCUUGGUCGAGGGUCAGGCCAUAUUCCCUACCGUAACUCCAAGUUGACACACUUGCUGCAGUAUAGCUUAGGCGGUAACAGCAAGACCCUGAUGUUUGUCAUGGUGUCACCACUUGAGACACAUCUGAAGGAAACGUUGACAAGUCUUCGAUUUGCAACAAAGGUGCACAACACUCAUAUCGGUACAGCCAAGGCCACCAAGAAGGUCCGUGAGUCGUCAUAG